AUGUCCACCGCCAAGAAAAGAAAUUUCCACCUCUGGUUCUCAAAGCUCCGUUGCUUUCCGGCCGCCGUGAAACCCUCAUCGCCGCCGCAAACUUCCAACAAAAAACCCCUUUCCAUUACCCACUUGGAAAACUCCGACUACUCUUCUACAUCCACCGCUGCUGACGACGGUUUCUUCUCCGACGACUCCACCUCCGAUUCCGACGCCGUGGUCCCUGACUUCUCCGCUGCCGUCGCUUCCCACCGCUUCUUCUUCUCUUCCCCCGGCUGCUCCAACUCCAUUUUCGACUCCUCUCCCGACACCCACCACAGCGCCGCCGUUUCCGACGCCGUACACGGCGGCGUUAAAGUCCGGAAGGUUUCAGUGGACCCAUUUGUCGAUUUUAGAGCUUCAAUGCAGGAGAUGGUUGAAGCGAGAGAUCGGCCGGUGGACGUUCGGCGAGACUGGCAGUAUUUACAGGAGCUUCUUCUUUGUUAUCUUCAAAUCAACCCCGUUGAUACCCACAAGUUUAUAUUAAAAGCUUUCUCCGACCUCGUCGUUUAUUUGCUGGAAUCUUCGCCGGAGUCAUUCUCCGAUCACAGUCUUCACCGGCACAAUAUCAACUCACGCAGCUGGUUGGUGCAAUAA